GGACACACACCAUUAACUACUCCGGACCCAAACUUAAUUGGGUACCAAAAUCUUCCUCCUCCUAAUGCAGGAAGCCGCUAAGUACCCAGGUGUCUGGUACUUAGACAGUGGCUGUUCAAGACACAUGACGGGUGAUGCGAGCCUUUUGAACAAUCUAAUUCCCUAUGAUGGUCCAAGAGUUACUUUUGGAGGAAGCAAUGAUUUCGGCCUUACUAAAGGGCUAGGAAAUCUGGUGUACAAGGGACUAACCAUCCAAGCUGUAUCUUAUGUUGAAGGACUCAAUUAUAACCUUCUUAGCAUAAGUCAGUUUUGUGAUAAAGGUUACUUCUUGGAAUUCUGCAAGGACAUGGCAUCUCUCAAGAACAUCUCCACAAAUGAAGUCAUUCUCACUGGGAAGAGAAUCAGAAACAUCUAUGAAGUGAUAUGGAGCGAUGUCAAGGAAGCAUGUAUAAUCAGCAAAGGUGACACUAACCUUCUAUGGCUUUGGCAUAAGAGGUUGAGUCAUCUAAACUUCAAAACCCUCAACAAGCUGUCCAAAGAAGAGUUAGUAGAAGACAAGGAUGAAGAAGUCAAUGAAGGAGAUAGAAUGAAGCCCACGGAGUUCAUUCCAUUCAGAAGUCUGCCUCUGAAGACUUCACAGAGAAAUCCGGAUUUAGACAGUGCUGAGCCCUCCGGAAAUUUUGGCCAGCCUUCCAAUAUUCCGGAUCAUUCAAACGGCGACAAUUCCGGAAAUGGCGACCCAGUGCCAAUCCAUCCGGAAACACCAACAACUUCUGUUCUUCAACCAGAAGCUGAACUAAAUCAACCAGUCAAUCCCAAUCAACACAAUCUUCGUUGGUUAAGGAAUCAUCCUCCUCAACAGAUCAUCGGAGAUAUUCAAUCUGGUGUUCGCACAAGGAGUGCCCAACAGAAUCUAGAAGCUAUGCUUGCUUGUUUCAUC